AUGAGUGGCUCCAACUAUAAUAGUGGCAAAGUGCCCGGGAUUGUUUCACCUCGGUUUUCCAGUGCUGCCAAUAAAGCAGACCCUGAUGGUUCGAUGGGCCCACCACCCGGUGUUUCGGGUCAGAGUGGUGGAGCGGGAUCCCCUGUUCUACAGGGACCUUCAAGUCCUGCUUCAGGUGCGACUAAAUCGAUUAUGAAUGUGUCCGGUACUUCUGGAGCUGUUGUAAGCAACACGCCAGAACCGGGACUCAAACGAGUGCCAACGGUGACGUUCAGUGACUCCAGACAUCAGACACUAAAGCAGCAAGCCGUAAGUAACUCUGUUAACCAGCAGGGCAAGCCAGUGACCGGGGAAGAGGCUGAAAAGCAUGCAGAAGCCACGAGUCCCAAAUUGAGGUCGACAACUUCCCCUACCAGUGUAAGAGAUCCUUCACCCCCACCAGUUCUUAAUCGCAUCGAUUCGUCAGCCAUACCGCCGCGUCAAGGCUCUAAUUCGACGGUGGGACGUUCGGACUCCAAGAAACCCAACCUGAUAUCAAAGCUUCUGCACUCGGCUGAUGUGCUGCAUCACAACUCCGGCCACGCAACAAGCUCUAAUGAACAUACUACCGCAGAAGAGUCCAAAAGGACUACUCCGGUGACCUCGGACUCCGAAUCCAAGCGCGACGUUAAAGACGAACAUCCUCAUUUCGUGGUGGAUGAUGUCCUACAUUCUCCUAACUUCAGAUCAAGGUCCAACAGUGGUAGCCCUAUGCCAUCGAGCACACCCAUCAAUCCACCUUUUGCCACCAGCGAUAAGAAGCAAGAAUCUUCUUCCAGGUUACAAGAGCCCACCAUUUUGGAGUCUCUUGAUGAGGCAAUUGUAGAUACGCCUCUGGAUCCGCAGUCGAGCUUUCAACAAGUUGCGCCCAACAUUCCUAAGAGGGAGACCGGCAAGAAUUCAGAGCCUCGGCUGCCACAAGAUGACGGCAAACUUCACGUUUUACUAGGUGCUACAGGUUCUCUGUCGGUGCUUAAAAUUAAGGCCAUGAUCAAGAAACUGGAAGAAAUUUACGGCAGAGAUAAAAUCUCGAUUCAGUUAAUUUUGACUCAAUCGGCUGCGCAGUUUUUCAGUAGUAGAGCCAAGAGACCACCCAAGGUAGAAUCAAGAUCUGUUUCUGAGACUGGAAUUUCUGCGAGCUCAGGAGUUUUCACGCCCGAGCAUACUCAACAUGUGAAAUCGCCCCUCAGCAAUCCACCUGCUGCAGCACACAAUCACGCUGUAAAUGAAAAUGGUGCGGCAAAUCUCAACAGCACCGCAUUAUCUGGUGCUGCGCUUAAGAUUGAACUGCCCGCCCACAUUCAGGUCUGGACAGAUCAAGACGAGUGGGAUGUAUGGAAGCAGCGUAUGGAUCCCGUUCUCCAUAUCGAACUGCGCAGAUGGGCUGAUAUUCUGGUUGUUGCACCUCUGACAGCCAACACGCUGUCGAAAAUCUCGUUGGGAUUGUGUGACAAUUUGCUCACCAGUGUGAUUCGCGCAUGGAAUCCCAGCUUCCCAAUAUUUCUAGCGCCCUCGAUGGUCAGCAGCAGUUACAACUCUAGCAUCACGAAACGCCACCUAAAGAUGAUUAAGGAGGAGAUGCCUUGGAUUACAGUUUUCAAGCCCUCCGAAAAAGUGAUGGGCAUUCACGGUGAGAUUGGCCUUGGAGGUAUGAUGGACGCCAAUGAAAUUGUCGACAAAGUUGUAAUGAAGCUCGGUGGCUAUCCCGAGGAUGAGGACGAGGACGAAGAGGAAGAUGAAGAUGAGGAAGACGAAGAUGAGGGCAAAGACUCGCGCCAAAAAGCGGAACGCUCUUUAGACGAUGACGACGAUGACGACGAUGACGAUGACGAUGACGACGACGAUGACGAUGAUGAUGAUGAUGAUGAUGAUGAAGAUGAUGAUGACGAAACAGCAAGACCAUUGGAAACUCUGCAGUCGAAACUAGCGCCUCAGAUCUCUCAAUAG